AUGAGGCCAGCUUGCACUGCCAGAGAAGUUGAGGUUGGAAAUAUAGUAGUAAGAAAAUUUAUUUUCUGUGUUACAGAUAAUGUCUCUGACUGGGACAAAGUGGUAAUUGCAUAUGAACCAGUUUGGGCAAUUGGUACAGGCAAAACAGCCACACCUGAUCAAGCUCAGGAAGUUCACGCCAGACUACGCCAGUGGUUAUCGGAGAAUGUUUCUCCAGCCGUGGCUAGCAGUGUUAGGAUUCAGUAUGGAGGCUCGGUAAAUGCAAAGAACUGCAGGGAAUUAGCUGAAAAAGAGGAUGUGGAUGGCUUUCUUGUUGGCGGUGCCUCUCUAAAACCAGAAUUUGUCACUAUUGUAAAUGCAAGGAAGUAAAUGGACAAGACAAUUCACAAUGUUGCGAAUUAAAAUUAACAAUUUUUACUGACAUCUCCUCUUUAAAUGGGAUUCUUUUUACAUGCUUAUUAUUGAAUGCUGUGCACUUUUCUCAAAAUUAUUUGAUAUUGACCCCCAAUUUUACUCUCAAUAUUAUUAACUUUUUGUGACAGUUUAUUGUCAAUUGCCAGUGCAUUGUACAGGUUUUAUGUUCCUGUGAAAAAAAUGUUCUUGUGAAAAAUGAUCAUUUAUAUCAUAACAAUAUUCUUGUAAAGAAUGGUCAGUUAUAUAAUAAUAAAAUACAUAAUAUUACAAUUAACCAUA